UCACCAUGAGGGGAAUAAAAGAAAAAAGACUCCCAAAGCCAAAAGGAACGUGAGAUAGGCAAAAGGAAAAUCCAGUUUGCUUCUAAAAAAGGCUGAAAAUUAUAGCCAUCCGUGGCCUCAUGUCUCAAGUCUGAGGAUGUUUUUUUCUCUUCUGGUUGUUUGCAAACCCAAGUGGAAUUUUAUUAUGGGUUACUGAGUGAGCUGUUUCAAGUUCCUGGUCCCAAAAGUCUCGACUCACUCUUUAGCCUGCCACUGAGCUUCCUCAUGCACAGAGAGAGAAUGGAGCCCAGACCAAGCAGACAGCGUCUCUGCGUCCUGCCGACUUCCCCUCGCUGCCGUGUUUCCUCAGCGCUCAGCCGGGGACCCGGCAAAGCUGCCCGUUGCCUUUUAUGAACAACAAAAUCGUGAUGAAGGCAACAGGAGUCAGAAAACUAUUCACUGCAGGAAGCCCCAGUUUCCGGUGAGAUAUAAGGAGCACCACAGCACAGGAUGCGCCUGGGGUCAGGGGGACGUGAAAAGCCGUCAGCCUUUGUGUCCUUCUCUGUGCCGGAGCGUCUGCUGCUGAGCCCUCAGCUCCCCUCGGGGCUCAGCUGGGGCCGCCGCGGUCACCGCCGGGCUUCUAGCCUCCCACCAAGAGGGACAGGGAGGCCACCAUGGCCACCUCCGCCGGCCUGCUGCUGCUGCUGCUGCUGCUGGGCCAACCGAGGGUGGGUGCCGGGGCUGAGAGGAAGGCUGUGGUCUGUGCGGGGACCGCCUGCUACACGGCGCACUGGGACAAGCUGACUGCGGCCGAGGCCCAAUCUCACUGCAGCAAGAACGGGGGUAACCUGGCCACGGUGAAGACUGAGGAGGAGGCCCGGCUCAUCCAGCGAGCCCUGGCCCAGCUCCUCCAGCUGGAGGCGCCCCUGGUAACUCGGAUGGGCAAGUUCUGGAUGGGGCUCCAGCGAGAGAAGGGCAAGUGCUUGGACAGCACCCUGCCGCUGAGGGGCUUCAGCUGGGUGGGCGGCGGGGAGAACACGUCCUAUGCCAACUGGUACAAGGAGCCCAAGAACAGCUGCACCUUCAGGCGCUGUGUGUCGCUGGUGCUGGACCUGUCCCUGCCUCCCCUCGCCAGCCACCUCCCCAAGUGGGCCGAGGGCCCCUGUGGGAACCCCGGCUUUUCUGUAAACAACAUCGAGGGCUUCGUGUGCAAGUUCAGCUUCAAAGGCAUGUGCCGGCCCCUGGCCCUGGGGGGCCCAGGCCAGGUGAACUAUACCACCCCCUUCCAGGCCACCAGCUCCUCCUUGGAGGCCGUGCCGUUCGCCUCCAUGGCCAACGUGGCCUGUGGGGACAGGAACGAGAGUGAGUGGCAUUACUUCCUGUGCAAGGAGAAGGCCCCCGAUGUGUUCGACUGGGACAGCUCGGGCCCCCUCUGUGUCAACCCCAAGUACGGCUGCGACUUCAACAAUGGGGGCUGCCAGCAGGACUGCUUCGAGGGGGGAGAUGGCUCCUUCCGCUGCGGCUGCCGGCCAGGGUUCCGGCUGCUGGACGACCUGGUGACUUGCGCCUCCCGGAACCCUUGCAGCUCCAGCCCGUGCAGAGGGGUGGCUACAUGCGUCCCUGAGACCCUCGGGAAAAGCUACCUGUGCCGCUGCCCCCAAGGCUACCAGCUGGACUCCACUCAGCGGGACUGCGUGGACGUAGAUGAGUGCCAGGGCUCACCCUGUGCCCAGGAGUGUGUCAACACCCCCGGGGGCUUCCACUGCCAGUGCUGGGUGGGCUACGAGCCUAGCGGCCCCGGAGAAGAAACCUGUCGGGACGUGGACGAGUGUGCCCCAGGCCGCUCGCCCUGUGCCCAGGACUGCACCAAUACCGACGGCUCGUUCUACUGCUCCUGCAAGGAGGGCUUUGUCCUGGCAGGUGAGGAUGACACCCAGUGCCAGGAUGUGGACGAGUGUGAGGACUCGGAGGGCCACCUCUGCGACAGCUUGUGCUUCAACAUGCAGGGGUCCUUCCGCUGCGGCUGCCUGCCAGGCUGGGAGCUGGCUCCCAAUGGGGUCUCCUGCAUCAUGGGCACCACAACCCUGGGGCCACCAGCUGGGCCUCACCAGGGGGAUGACAUGGGUGAGAGACAGGGGAACCUUGUGCCUUCUGCCUCAACGUCCAGUCCCACCAGGGACCCCAAGGGCACCUCCAAGGUGGCUCCCACUGUGAGGGGCCCCUCCCUCCUACCCAAUGCUCCCAUCACCCCCACCCCACCCAAGACGAUGGUCCCCAGUGGGCCCCCUGGCGUCUGGAUGGAGCCCAGCACCCAUCACCCCACGGCCAGCACUGGCCAUAGGGAGUCCACGGGUGGAGACUUCGCGGCCAAACAGAACGACGAUGGCACCGACGGACAAAAACUGCUCUUAUUCUACAUCCUGGGCACCGUGGUGGCCAUCCUGCUCUUGCUGGCUCUGGCUCUAGGGCUCCUGGUUUAUCGCAAGCGGAGAGCAAAGCGGGAGGAGAAGAAGGAGAAAAAGCCCCAGAGUGCAACAGACAGCUACUCCUGGGCCCCAGAGCGAGCUGAGAGCAGGGCCACAGAGAACCAGUACAGUCCGACGCCGGGGUCAGACUGCUGACGGUGAGGUAACCUAGAGACACUGACGGGCGGCAGCACUGUCCUCAGAGCCCCACGCGCCCUGUUGGAAGGGGGAGCCACAUUCUUCCGAAAGACUGGCCUGGAAUCUUAGCAACAGCUGUGCACCUCUCCUGAAAAGCUCGGCCGCUCGGAGCGUGCAGGUGCUCUCUACGUGAGUGUGGCGUUCCUGACGCAGAAGCCGUGGGUUGGGAUGUCUCUGCGGGAAUUAUGUGACUAUUAACAAUUCUCACUCGCUCUCCCUUUUCCAACCCAAAUGUGACUGGUUUUGUUUUCUCACUGAUUCUGGCCCAGGGCGUUAUCAUUCGGGGCUAACGGCUCCCUUUAAGCUGCUUCUCUGUCCACUUGUUCACCCAAACGAAAAAGCGGCCAGCUAAUGCUACUUAGGACUAAAAGGGUCUGUCCCUCUUAGUAUAGCAGAGACUAAGUCAGUUAGUUGUUUAAUGCUAGAAGAAGCUCUUUUUCUGGCCAGAGGCAACAAGUUCAGGACUGGAAGCACCUCCCUACGUUUGGAUUCACACGCUCUCCCAUCACAAGCCCUGCUGAGCUCGAUGUCAUUGAAAUCCUCCGGAAUGACUAGAAGUCCACUGAACUGCUUGGGUAGCGAGGAGGCAGGAAGUUUAGAAAUUGCAUUUUCUAGUUCUUAAGUUUCUAAUAGUCUUGGGUUUAUUUGCAAGUGAAGUCUGAAACAUGUGAGAAAAGUUAUAUGAAGUGAGUUUAAAGUAUUUUUUAAAACAAGUCAUCUAAGGGCUGGAGAAAGGGGUUGCUUUCAGAAGUCCUUGAAUGGAUGCAUCUAUGUGCACUGAUGUUGCUCUCACUUGACUAUCAAUGAGACCAACACUCGCGAGGAAAAAAGUCAAGGAUGCCUGUCUCUGAGCCAGUGCAGCCAAGACACCGCCCUGCUGCCGGCCUCCGUGGCAGGCUGCUCUGGAUUCGGACGCUGAUGGGAGAGGGAGGAAGCACUGCAACGUCUCUCGUCCUGACUGUUACUAAAGGACGUGUGAGGGAGACGCAUGCUGAGUGUGGAGAGCUGUCGUCGUGGGGCGUUUUAGCACAGUUCACAGUCCACACUGCAUCCUGAGAACUCGAUCCUGCUCCGUGGCUGCAGCUCGCACCAAGUCAGGGACCAGUCAUGUGGGAGGCUAGCCAGUGCUGCUUCAGUCCCCUUUCUCUCCUGUCCUUAGAAAAGUGGGGGAGAGGGAAGGGAGAGAGAAAGAGAAAGGAAGUAAAAUCUUUUGCAACUGCAAAAACUAGUCAAAGCAAUUUUAAUCUAUAUCCUCGUUUUUAAGUGCUCACCUGUAAAGAUUCCCCUUACCAUGUGUGGUCGACAGCGCUCUCUCCCGCACGGUUCUGCCCGGCUCCCUGGAAAGCAGCCCGGGAUUCCCUGGAGGUCAGAGCUGCUGGGGGCCGGCUGAGCAGCGCCGGGAGGCCUCGGGUCUCCUGGGAGCUUUCUGCUGUGCCCUCGCAGAAUGGACAGAGAGAACGAGCAGGCUUCCUUCUCAGAUUGCAAACUGCCUCUCAGAACGAGGGUACCCGCUCUUUCUGGUUUUGCCUUAGAAAUGCAUCUGCCCGGAGGUCACGCCCUGGGUGGACAGAGCCUCAGCCGCCAGGUGCAGGGCCUUCAGAGCCGCAUAAAUAUCCUUUUGCCAAUUUAGAAAUGUAGAUGCUAUAGAUCAGAUUUUUUUAAGAAAACGGAAAACUGAAGGGGGCGAGGUGGGAGGAGGAAAGACGGAAGCUCUGUGGGGCCUAACGGGGGGUGUUCAGAACUUCUGCCUUUUUAAAGUCACCUACUAUUCUUCAGUUUUCACUCAGAAUACUGAUAUUCAACACUCAGAGGAGACAAAGGCAGUUCCUCUGGCCACAGGACCGUCGGCAGUUUGUUGUAUGGGAGCCAAGUGUGUGGCCAUUCAGAUGAUUUAAAGAUGCGGCCGGAUGUGUUGCUGACCAGUACCUGCACUUCCACGAAAGGAAUGCAGAUGCAACAUUCCCCUGGCCUUCCAGUCCUGACCCUCCUCGUCUGGGGCGGAGGAGCCAGGCCAGCCCUAGGCUUCCCCUAAGCCCUCUUGUGGGCCUGGAAUGGGCCGAGGGCACCCACACGCCCUCCCGUUUUCAGUGUUCCAUUUCUUCUACAGCCCAGCCCAUUUUCUGGUCUCUGUGUUCAAAUUCUUCUGUGCGUGGGAAGAAGCAGCCCCGUCCCUGACACUGGGGAGACCGCGGAUGCCUGCUGUGGGACCCACAAGGGGAGAAACGGGCUGAUGAAUAAUAGUUUCUCAAAACCCCCUCUGGCAAGUCAGCCCCUUCACAGGUGAAUGAGCCCUACCUUCUCUCACAGCCAUUGCUGACCAGUGGCCAAGAUCCCUGAACAGGAUGACCUCAGGCAGUGCAUCUGAUGAAAACCACUGACCUCAAACAGAUGCUGCCUUUGCUCUCCCUUUGAAGACCACUGCCAUUUUGUCUGAGGGAUGCAAAUCCUUGCUUUGGGGGAGUUCAGGGGCCACAGCAGUGGAUAGACAAAUGUCCACAGGCCACAUGGCCAUCGACAAACCCUCCGCUUUAUCCAGAGGGGCCCCAAGUGGCUUGGCUGUGACACAGCCAGAGAAAUUGAUGGGAUGGAACACGGGAGAGGUGGGCUCUGCCGUGUGCAGACUCCUCCAACCACGUCACCGGGCUGGGCAGGGGCAGACCCGGUGCAGUUCUGUCCCUGACAUGCUGAGCAGCAGAACAGGGGGGCGCUGGGGACAGGGAGCAGGCUCCACUUGGUGGCAGGCUCAAAGACAAUGGAGACUUUCAUCCAAAAAGAAUUUCCCAUAGUUCAAUAAUUCUGGGAGACUUGUGGAAAAACUCUAUUUGAGACAAACUGCCCCCCUCCCAUCCCCCAGGCAGAUAAUUUAAAGGGAGGAUGUCUGUCUCCCUAAACAGGAAGCCCACUCUGCCCAUUCCUGAAUUUCAGGGGCAAUCCCUCUCUUUUCUCUUGUUAUUAUUUGGAGAAGUCAUGAUGCAGGAGGGCAAUUGCCUUGGGGAAGCUGAGGAGUAAAAGCCAAGGGUGGGGCAAUUGUCGGAAAAUGUCCCAGGAUGGGUGGACUCAUGAGCGCCCUUUGCAGGGUGAACCUACCACUGGUCAAUGGCAUGACCUCGAGGCAAAAGCAGCCCGGCUGCUGUUGCUUUUGGUGACCCACCCGCCUGAUUGUCAUGGUGACGUUGUGGUGCUCCACGUCCGUCUGGCGUUGCCCCGGCACAUUAAGUGGGUGAAUUAACUGGGUUCUGAGGUGAGGAUGGAGGAAUGCAGGCUGCAGCCACUGCCAGGUCUCGUGGGGCUGUCUCUCGCCCUAGUGUUAUUCAAUGGCAGACCAGCAACCCUUCAGAAAGGCUCCCCCAACCUCUUUCCCUUGACCAGGCGAACAGUGGAAUAAAGAACCUGUAUGUGUGUGUGCUCCUGUGUAUUGUGCAGGAGGCGCUGAGUCAGGAAUGAGUUUCUCUCUGCAGCACACGCGUGCGUGUUGCUGUUCUCGUACCUUCUGAUCGUGAGCCCCUGUUUGAGCAUCUUGUGAUGGGACCUGGAGUUUUAUCACAAACAUCUUCUCUUUGGAGAAUAUGGAUUUGACAAUUAGCUACUUUCAUUCCAACCCUCUUUCUCACAAAUAUUUCUGUGAAAACUAAGAGAACAGAGAUGAGAUUUGACAAAAACAUGUACUGAAUUCAAAAUAACACAGUUUUUUAAAGCAGAUAUAGGAAAGCCUUUUCCUAUUAUUUUUCUUCUUGGCUUCUCCAUUGUCUAAAUCAGGAAAACAGGAAAGCAUUGCUUUCUAGCAGCUGCAGAAUGGUGUAAUGUCCCCUACACGUUUCCAUCUCCUUAAACAAUAGCUUUAGCAUGGGAAUCUGAGACACGACCCCUGAAAACAGCUGUCCCUAUCUGGCUGCAAAGCCCACUGCUUACAUCUGCAUGGUUUGUGGCGUUGGUCACCCAAAAACAAAGAGGGCAGUAAUCGAAAUUCUCCACGUGUUCAAUAAUCCAGUACCUUAUUCCUUUCAUAUUCCAGAAGUAAUACUUGCUGAAGUGCUUUUUAAAGAUGAAUUGUGUUUCGGUCUGUUCUUGGCGAUAAUGCCCGUGUAUUUAAGGAAGAACUCUGGCAUUCCCUUCUCGCAGUGUUCCUCUUUUCUGCGAGGAGGCAGCCCUUCCCUGCAGCAGACUUUGCCUGCUCUUACCCUGGGCUGAAGUUCUUUUUGCAUAUGUGGCUCAAGCUUGAGUUAGAUUGUAUGUAAAGCCUUGUUCUGUGAUAUUAGAUGCGAUCGUAAAUGUCAGUAAUCACUCUUGAACGCCAAAUGAGAAUGUAGGUAUUUUUAAAUAUGUGUAUUUGAAAUGUGUUCCACCAAUUCUGGAACCGUGGGUUUCCAUGCGGGGUUUAUUUUCAUCCCAGGCGUGAAAGUUGCCCAGGUGUGGUGGUGGUGGGGGAGGCAGCGGGCACCCGUGAGCUGUGCCUGGCUCCUCAGAGCUCCAGGGACAGAGAGCAUCUCCGGCUGGCCUCAGGAAGUAGCAGGUGUGUCCUCCUUUGUGCGUUGUUCUGUGCACCUCUCCUAAUAAACUCUGAAAAACA